AACCUACUUGAGGUGUACAACUCGGAGAAGCGCCAGUUGGACUUGCUCAAAAUCAAACACAAACAUGUUCAGAAGGCAUUCAUGGGAUCUUACGAUCGGUUUAGGGCUCUUCAUCGUCACACAAUCGAGUUGAGGAAAGAUAUGGCCGCCUGUGAGAAUGCAUUGAUGGAAGCAGAGCAAGAUUCGUUGGACUGUGGAGCAGCUUCCCGUGAGGCCGAUAGAGAGAUGGCGGAAUGCAUAGAGCGCCUGAAAGAAACCUCUGCGAAGAUGGGAGAAAAGUGGGAAGUGGUGAAAGGAUUCUUGUACUUAGCACAUACCGGAUGGUACUGGAAAGCUCGGUCUGACCGGCUUACAAAAGUGCACGCCGCCAUUCGUAUGCUGCAUAUGGCAAUGCAGCUGAUGCAGUCGAUGAAUACCUCAGACUAG